UCUGUCGUCUCCUAUUUCUGUCUCUGUCUGUAAAUGGUGAUGGCUAACCAACAAGGGCAAGGGAUCAAGCUAUUUGGGGCAACGAUUACGCUGCAUGGCAGACAAGUAAAAGAACGCAACCAAGCUGACAAUCCAACUGUCGACAAGAGGCCUGACAAGGUCAUACCUUGCCCUAGAUGCAAGAGCAUGGACACCAAAUUUUGUUACUUCAAUAACUACAACGUGAAUCAGCCUAGACAUUUCUGUAAAGGUUGCCAGAGGUACUGGACCGCAGGUGGUGCUCUUCGGAACGUUCCCGUUGGGGCUGGUCGCCGUAAAGCCAAGCCGAUACCCGGUCGUGGUCUUAAUGGGUUUCCGGAGGGGUGCUUGUAUGACGGGUCUAGUGGGGUGCAACAGUUUGAGUUGGAGGGGAUGGUGUUGGAGGAGUGGCACAUGGAGGCGGCAAAUGGUGGUUUCCGGCAAGUUUUCCCGAUGAAGCGGAGGCGAAUAAGUUGCUCAGAUGAUGAUGGGAUGCCAGUAGGAUACAAUCAACCCACCAAAGAGGAGUCCAUCAUCCAAUUCCAUUAAUCCAAAUCAACUAUCAACCCAUAUGGAUGCGAAAUCGAAACCAUC